CAUCAAACGACAGCGAGGUGGAAUUUCCCAGGUUACAGCAGAGACCACUUCCGCAAUUGGUGUCUGGGUAAAUCGAUGGAGCCACUGAAGCCGAAAGUUCCCAGCACCAUGCCUGGUAAGUGAAUCAGUGGCGAUGGAAGGAAAAGGUCCCUAUCGUAUCUACGACCCAGGCGGGGGCGAGGCUAAGGCCAGGGAGGAGGGCAGCAGCGUUGGAGAGAGCAGCUAUAGACUACUACUGGAAGAGAACAGCAUGCUCAGAGAUAGGAUGAAGGGACUCAAGAGCUUAGGAGACCUGUUGGAGGAGUCUCAGUGGGAGGCUUCUAAGUUGCGUCAGCGUGUAGAAGAGCUGGUCAGAGACAACGAGGCCCUGAAAUCUUCUACCUCCAGCUUCGCUACCAGUCUGUGUAUGGGAGGACCUGUUCAGACUGAGACACAGGGUCAAGGGAAGCUUCACCGCCAACCCAGUAUGGACCAGAGACCGAGACAGUCGGUUCUCUCAAUGGAGAAGGCCCUACAUCAUGAUCAGCCCAGCGAAAGUCUGUCCGAGUUUGAAGUGGUGAAUAUGGAGGAGAAGACCUCUGAUACCCAGACGGCUGGUGCAGGAACAGGACAGUUCCCUCAGGAGAACCAGGAGUUAACCAGCCAGCUGCAGCGUCUAGAAAGCUCUUUCAGUAUCUUUGCUGAGGCGUCCAACCCCAACCAACUCCUAGCCCACCUGGGACGCAUGGCCGUCGAGUUCCACCACCUCUCCUCCAAGGUCCAGAAGAACGAGCAGAGGACGUCCCUCCUGCAGACUCUUUGUGAGCAGCUCAGACAAGAGAACAACGAGCUGAGAAAGAAGAUGGAGGAGGACCUUCAGUACAGAAACGGAGACGUGGAACUGCUGAGACCAGAGAACCUGAAGCUAAAAGAGCAGGUAACGGGAGCAGGAGAGACCGCAGCAGAGAGCGAGGGGCAACCAGAAGCCAAAGAAGAAGUGGUGAAAGAGGAAACUGCCAGCGUUAGAUCCAAGAUGGAAGUCAGCACACCACAGAAGCGGAGGGGAAAUGCCACAGAGAAAGCCCCUGCCAAGCCCUGUGACCCAGAGGCCUAUGAGAAGAAGAUCAAGCUUCUAGAGAAGCAGAGGAAAGAUGUACUGGACGUGAACAAGCAGUGGGAUGUCCAGUGGAACUCUAUGAAGUCACAGUUUGAACAGAAGAGUUUGAACCCCCCCGAUCAGAUCACAGACCUGCGUCAGCGGCUAGCGGACUCCCAGAAGGCCGUGCAGGAGUUAGAGGCGGAGCGAGAACAGAGGCAGCGGGACUACGAUAAGAAGCUGCUGCUCGCCAAGUCCAAGAUCGAGAACGUACAGGGGGAGAAGGAGUGUCUGAACUCUGAGACCACAGAGUUGAAGAAGAAGGUUCGUUACCUGCAGGAUCAGCUGCUGCCCCUCAGUAAACAGAGAGAUUACCAGGAGAAGGAGAUACAACGCCUCAACAGGGCUCUAGAAAAGGCCCUGAACCUGCACCCUCCCCCCUCCUCCCAGCAGCCACCGGGCCAGGGCACCAGUGGUAACCAUGACGACAGGCCUAGUGACUUGAUAACGGUGUUAAAGGAACAGGUGAAGAUCUUUGAGGAGGACUUUCGGAAAGAGCGGAGCGACAGGGAACGAAUGAACGAGGAAAAGGAGGACUUGAGGAGACAGGUGGAGAGGCUGCAGGGUCAGGUGACCAACCUCACCAAUCAGGCCCAGAGGGAGAGAUGCAAGCUGGAGAGACUACAGAUGCAGCAUCAUAAACAGGUGGCUCCAGGAGGAGGCCCGGGGCAGGACGUCCGGACAAUACACCACCAACCCAGGAUACUCAACAUCGCAGCGGCCGCUGACAGUGUAGCGCAAACGGGACAUGGCGACUUCACACCGGUAAGGCCCAGACGCUCCAGGUGGGCCGAAGCCAGAGAUGGUUCCAGACCACCACCAGAGAACACGGAUCAGUCCACCGCAACUGGAUUUGGAAGAAGAGAGCGAUAGAAUAUUGACCCUGGAAAGCACUAAGGUCCUCUUUGUUCCCUCACCGUGGAGCCAGCUGGGUGGCAGCAGCAUGAAUCAGUUUGUUUUCAGUUGACCAGGUGUGAUUUGAACUAUAAUUUUCCUACUGAACUGUAGAUAUCCUGUUGUAAUGUUGUUUAUACUUGCCUUUUUAUAAGCCUACUUGUGAAACACUGUUUUCGCUCUUCAGAAUUAUAAUAUAAUUUAGAUGUUUCUUCUUUAACCUCAUAUAAUCUUUUGGGAGAUUCAAUAUCUGCUUCAUAUGAUUCUAUGCAGGAACUGAAGUCAUUUGUGUGUAAUAGGUUGAAAUGAUCAAAAUGUAAUAUUUAAGACAAUAUACCUAUGUGAUUAUCGACUAUUGACGAUCGUCCCACUGCAAAAUAUGUAACGUUUUUACAAAGCUGUUUUUUUAUUUACUCGUAGGGUCAAGGGGUCUAUUAUCCCAUGUCAAUAACAACAAAUACUACUUGUAUUCAUUCCAACGAUAUAUAAUUUAUAUAGGUAAAUUGCCUUGGAAUUGGAAUCCAUAGAAAUGGUAACCGUGGAUGUUUCCAUUUCUGAGAAUGUUUUCAGUACCGUUGGUGUUCUAGAACUGUACUGUAAGUAUAACUGUUCAUACAGUGAUUUGUUACAAUACAUUAAACUUGGGAAGUGAAUUUAGCUGGUAUGUCACGCCAAAAAAAAAAAACAUGAUUGUGGUGAUCAUUUAUUUAUAAUCUACUGUUUUGAUGGUUGCAUUGACUAAAUGUAAAUCACUUGUCUUUAGUAAUGCUGUUCUUUCUGUUAGUGUACUCCCAAUAUAUUGUAGCUAUGGACGGCGUAUGUUGGUUACGCAUACAUGCGCACGUACCCUCACAAGAGUACCCGAUUCGCCAAAAAUGAGCAAUGUCAUUUCAAUGCAACACGUUUUUUGAUUUAAAUAUUUGAUAAUCGAUUGCAAUAUGUAUUGCUAUCCUAAGGUAGACAAGUCCUCAACAUAUUUACCCCCAAAGCUGUCCAGUCAUAUGUCUGGAGGAUUGGGUCAUAGUUCGUAGUAUACCCAGGCUUUGUCCCAAUAGUCUUGAAUGGCUUCCUUUCCUGACUUCCUUUCCUUCCCUAAUGCUGACAGUUGAUAGCACUACUGUAGGGUGUAGGCUGGUUCUGGUUAGCCUAACUGAGCGCUCUGCUAGCAGACUAUGGUCAGUAUACUGUAGGAGCUGUAAUAUGUGAAUUUUAUAUUGAGUUAACAGGGUACGAUUGGUCUCCAUCAUAUUGCUUUAACCUGUCCGUCAUGUCCUCUUCUUUUUUUUUUUGCAUCAGAGGAGAGGAAACAAAGCUUUUAAAAAUAAAAAAUAAAAAUUCCUUUUUUAAACGGAGACUCGGCUAACCCCCAAGGAUCAGUCAGUCAGCGAUUUACCUCAGUGAUAAACCACCUCAGCCAGACUCCCGGCCCUGGUCAAAAGUCCCUUUUGCUGUUGGGGCCACAUCCCUGACUCCGCUGGCUUCUGUCUCAAUCCUGUAAGACCAGCAGCUCCAUACUAAUGCCUAUCUAUCUACAGUAUCUAUCCGGCAGAACCUCUGUGAUACCGUCAAGAGCCGUUUUGAAAUACAAACCCAGCCUUGUACCUUACCCCCAGGUACUUCUGUUGAUCAGAGGAUUGGAUAGGUGUUGAUCAAAUGGUGCAGAGUUAUUACUAUAUUGCUUAUACUUUACCGAUGCUUUGAUAUCUUCACUAGUGUCUGGAGUUUAAGGGGCGAGGGGUUGGUCACUACCCUAGAGCACCACCAAACCAAAUCACACAUCAGAAGGAUUGGAGAACUAGUCUUCUGUAACUCCUGAAUCAAAGCUACAUAGGAUUGCAUAUGUAUGGGUAUUAUAAACCAUAUGUAUGGGUAUUAUAAACCUUUUGUGUAUGUUGCAUUCAGACUGGUAAAGAUGGGUGUUUUAUUCACAAUAUUCACUGUAAAUCCAGUUGGAUUUUUAUUUUUUAAAGACGUUAGAUUCCAGAAUGGUCCAAUAGUUGAAUUGCACUUUGAAAGGAAUGCUUUUGUUUUUUUCCCCCUCUGGCAGUUGUCUUUUUCUAGUUUGUAGUUCUGGAGUUUUGCAGGAGGCAAAAAAAGCACAAUACCUUUUUUGUAUUUGACUGGCUUAAUAAACAUAUCCUAAAUGUCUUCGUACAUCUUA